AGCGUGGAAUGAGGGUGGACGAUCGUUUCGCUCCUCUGUGUUGUGCUGCUGCACUGUGAGGGGAGGUGGAGGGCCUGAAGAGGAGGUUAGGGCAGCCGAGGUCGACCCAGAGCUCCUGCCAGGGCGCUGGCGAGAGCGGGUCGGGGAGAGGGCGGCCAGGCCAUCCUCCGCUGUCCGAGUUUCCGUACUCAAGCCAUUUUGGCUCAAGUGGCCAUUUCGGGCCAAGAGGCUAUCGUCGCUCGUUUGCCGAGCACCCCAGACCUGCGCAAACGAACCGGUCGGAACAGUAGACGAAUGGUGGAACGCAUAUUGUUCCCCGUUGUUCCAUUGUGGUUGCUCUUCAUUGCUGUUGUUGUUUCGUUCGCAUGCUCGUCGCGUGAUGGUUCCAUUCGCGCGUAUAUAUUCGCAGAUAGUAUCAGGGUCUCGCGGACCAUUGCGCACCCGUUUUCAUCGAUGCAGAGCGAAGGAGUCCCAGGUGCUGGGUGCACAGGCCCCAGGGAGAGUGCAUUGCAUGGCGCGAGCCAGUAUAACAGCUCAGGGUGCACUGAAGUGAUUCCGCAUGGUCGCAAGGUGCUUUUGUAUGGCGCUAUGGGUCGGCACAAUUUCGGUGAUAUGCUGAUGCCGUGGAUCGUUGAAACGAUGCUGCAAAGACGCUACGGUUUCUGUCCCGACGAUUUCUUGCAUGCUGACGUUGCAGGCGCCGAUCUGCGGGCGUAUGGCGGUCAUCUUGUCAUCGGCGUUGGCUCUUUGUUCUCCAACAUGUACAAUGGCUCUCUCGAUGUGAUCUUUUGUGGGGGGGAAACUCUCCAGGACAUCUCGCUCAACAUUGCGAUGGGCAUGUUCGGACGUGGUUUCAAAGCUUGCAAUGCGGACGACUUCAUGCACAGAGGCCACAGUCUGGCCUACUUGCUUCCCAAGGACAAGUUUGCCAAACCUGGCUUGUUCAUCGCCAACACAGUUGGAGGUCCAGGCACCUCAAGAAUCAAUCAGAGCUGGUUUGACCAUUGCACGCUCCGCCAAAAUCUUCAUCGGGCUGGCUACGAAGACUGCCUGGCGGCCCCAGACAGCGUGAUCAUGAUCAACAUUUUGUUUGGCGAAUCCAUAUCUCUUCGCACAAACGGCCUACCAAUGGGGAGAUAUUUCGCUUGGCAGUUCAACUCGAGAGUUCACUUUGACGAUGGAUUCGUUGAUGCUAUUUUGGCAGCGGCGAGAACGAACAACUUCAGCAUCGUCAUGUUCCGAGCAGGCGCUGCGCCUGGCCACGAUGGUCUGAAGCCGUAUGAGGCUAUGAAGUCCAGGCUUGAAAAAACAGACUCUUCAAUUGCUGUGACCGUAUUCGACGGGCUCAACAUUUGGGACAUAAGUGCUUUAAUAUCCAGGGCAACGCUUUUGAUUUCCACAAGUUUGCACUGCCGUAUCAUCGCUUUCUCCUUCUAUGUGCCUCGCGUGACAGUUGUUUUGGGGCCCAACGGUACACAAGUCGGGGGGAACAAGCACUUCGCAUUCAUGAGGGACUGGGACGGGGACUGGGAUUACAGUAACGAUGCUGCGGAUGCGCGAAUUGGCCUUUCAAUCCAAGAAGCUCUCCGGCCUUCGAGUAAGGUUGUCUUCGACAACAACACGCGACGGGGCGUCGGCAUAUACGAGAAUGUAUUCAAGACGUGGGCUGACAGUCUCCACAAGCAUUGGAAAUCGCAUGGCAGGAGUGGACGCCAGUGAGAACAAUACGGACCGAGAUGUUCAUGGUUUGUAAUGCGCAUUCUUGCCAUCUGUCUCACCACCAUACAUACGUAAUUUGGAGAGACUUCUAUUAUUAGUGGGGAAAAAACAGCCUCCGCUGUCCGAGUUCGUUGACGCCCGCAGGAGUUAUCAAGCAGGAGACCUCCCCAACCAUCGGGCCCUCAACUCUCUGAAAUUUGCGAGGGCGCGUUGAUCAGUUAAUUAGUGUCCCUGUUCUUGCAUAAAUGCUGUGUAUUCGAUAGUCUGUGAGCAGUUCUAGGUGGAUUCGGACAUCGCGGAGUGUGCCCCAAAUUCAACGAGAUGUCAAACAGUGAUUGUUCAUAUUGUGUCGGUCGGAUUUUAAUCUGCAGUCGUCGACCUUUUGGGGUUGCAGGAGCCUUGUGGCAAUCCACUUCGUGUCAAGGGCACGGUGGCGGAUCUCUCUCUCUCUCUCUCUCUCUUGGAGGUGUGCUUUGGCAUAAGGCCAUGCAAGAAUGCUAGGCACUUGGUUGUUGGUGGGCAAGUGGACGCUGAUCCCGUGCAUUGCUGUUUGUUUUGCCGCGUCCGCCCAGCCGCGUCUACGUGAGCAUGGGCGACUCGCGCUGAUUCGUGGCGCCUGAGCCGGUGAGGAAGAGGAGGGGG